AUGGCGGAAAAGUGUGAUCGGAUAGACCCCGUCCUUCAUGUUGUCGUAGUUGGAUUUCAUCACAAAAAAGGAUGCCAGGUUGACUAUUCGUAUCCGCCUCUUAUAGAAGGCUGUAAUACAGACAGUCAACAAGUGCCUGAGGAGUGGAAAUACUUGCCAUUCUUAGCAUUACCUGAUGGAGCACAUCAUUUUACUGAAGAUACUGUCUAUUUUCAUUUACCAGAUAAACAAAAUAAAAAUGUCACAGUAUAUGGGGUGUCAUAUUUCAGACAGAUUGAAUCUAAGAAUCUGUUAAAUAGAACAUCUGAUGUCACCCGGGGAACUGUUCUUAAGAGUGUGUGUAUUCUUAGUAAGUUACCUCUGUAUGGUUUAUUUCAAGCCAAACUUCAGUUGAUUACAUAUGCAUACUUCAAAGAAAGAGAUUUUUCAAAGACAGGAAUUCUCAAGGAACUUUUUGAGAAUCUGAAUCUGUCAAUAUCUAGCAGUUUGACCAACGAGCCAAGUCAGAUAUAUCUGGGACUGUCAGUCAGGGAUCUAAUCAUGCAUUUCAAACAUAAGAUAUUGGUCCUAUUCAAAUUGUUAUUGCUUGAAAGAAGAGUUCUUAUAUUUGGGUCACCAGUCAAGAAUCUCUGUAGUAUCAUUCUAUCAAUGGUGUCUCUGUUUCCAGGUAUGAUUGAAUCUGGUCUUUCAGAGUCUGUCAGUUAUGGACAUGGACGCAAGUUAUCGACAAACCUGAAGCUACAAGACUUUGGAAUCAACACUGAAGAGUACCUUGAUGUUCAGUUUUCACAUUUACCAAAUUAUUCGCAUAAACCUAAUAAAGUAUCUCCUAAUAAUCAGGAAAAGGAGGUUCUCAUUGAAACAUCAUCAAACGAAAAAAUAACAGCAGUGAAUAAUGAUUUAGCAAGUUCUGCCAAACCAGCAGAUAACCAGAGUAGAGUUGAUAAAGAAAUGCAGUCGCCACUUACAAUGCAACUAAAUGAAAAUCAUUUUGCAUUGCACAGCGAAACAAAGACUGGGGUUCAAAAUAACCUUAUUGAAAGUAACCCUGUUAAUAACAAGAUUCAUUCAAAAUAUGACAAUGUACAGUCUUUGCCAAAUGAGAAAAUAGACAAAUUUACUCACAAUAUAAAAGUGAACGAGCAAGAGAGGACAGAGGAGGAUGACUUACUUGAUUUGAUUGAUCAGGAACUCGCAGACGGGAAUGAUAGUAAAACAAAUGAGCAGGUCUUACAAGUGAUGGAUGAUACAGACGAGGAGGAAGAUUUUACAAUCAUACAUAGUCCCAGUAUGCCGCUCUUUAAAACGGAUGACUGUGGCUUUCCUCUUGCUCUAUUUACCAAGGGUUCAGUUUGUUAUCCGUACAUUGCAUUGCAACAACAUGAAGUCCUACAAGACAUUAAUGUGCGUAGUUUUCUGAUUGGUGCUACAAACUGUCUAUUCAAGCAGAAAAAGCAUUUACUGGAUGUUGUGAUCGAUAUUAUAACAUUGGAAGAAAACAAUAGGAUUGUUAUACAAGACAAUGAAUUGAGAAAGCAAUUAAACCUUAGUACCGCUGAUCUACGAUUUGCUGAUAUCCUGGUUAGAAAUGUGCUGGAUGAGAAAGAGAACGUCUUUCUGGAUCCAACAGGUUGGGAAGGCGGAGAAGAAUGGCUUCGACUACAGUUUAAACUUUAUUUACAAGCUUUAUUAGCUACUGUGCAAUUCUCGGAAAACGAGGAUGAUAAUCAUGAUUUUAAUCAUAGUUUUAUAAAUGCCUGGAAGACUACACACAAUUACAGAGUGUGGAAGUCAAUGAAUCAUUCUGGAAUUACUGAGGAACACUGCAAACAUCCAUGUCAUGGUAAUCUCAGUGUGGCUGAUAUGAAACUGAGGCUGAAAAGCACUGAGCAGGGUAGGAAAUUAAGCAAUGCCGUUACUAAGACUGGUACUGCUGUCAUGCACACUGGACGUAUGGUGGGCGGGGCAUUUAACACAGCAAAGUCUACUGUCUCUUCAUGGUUCUCUGGUCUGAUGGAGGAGAGAAAAAGCGAGACUGGCAGUGAAAGUGAGAGUGAAGAGAGCAGCUGAACAAACCAAACUGCUUAUGAGCAAUAAAGAUGUUGUGAACUAUUGUUGUAACAUUAUGUAUUUAGAAUUUUAGUGUGUGCUGG